AUGGCAUCGCCCAUGAGGAGCUUGCUCACCGACCCCGCCAGAUACCUCCAGUCUUUCCGCCUCUUCCUCGCCAAUUCAACGGAGCACCAGUGCAUGCAGGAGUUCAUUGAGCGGCAGCUGCCGGACGUGAUAGCGAGUAUUGGAAAUGGGAAGUCUACAAUCAAUGUUCUAAGCAUUGGUGGUGGAGCAGGUGAGGUUGACCUGCGGAUCCUCUCAAAAGUACAAACCAGAUAUCCAGGGGUCACCAUCAACAACGAUGUGAUAGAGCCAAGUGGUGACCAAAUCUCCAAGUACAAAGAGCGUGUGGCUAAGACUUCAAACCUCGAGAACGUAAAGUUUACCUGGCAUGAGGAGACAGCUUAUGAAUAUGAAAGUCGAAUGAAUGCAGAAAAGAAGUCUAAAAAAUGGGACUUCAUUCACAUGAUCCAGAUGCUGUAUUAUGUGAAAGAUGUCCCAGCAACUAUUAGGUAUUUCCACAGCCUCCUGGAAGCACAGGCGAAGCUCCUCAUUAUCCUGGUGUCAGGAACCAGCGGCUGGGAAACGCUGUGGAAGAAGUAUGGGUCUUCCUUCCCUUUGGAGGAUCUCUGCACUUACGUUUCCUCUGCUGACAUCAAAAGUAUACUGGAUUCAGCCGGGCUGAAGUACCAGCUCCACGAGCUCCCAUCCCACAUGGACAUAACGAGCUGCUUUAUUGAAGGGAACAAGGAUGGGGAGCUGUUGCUGGAUUUCCUGACAGAAACUUAUGAGUUUUCUAAAACCGCUCCUCCUGAAUUAAAGCGUCAGGUAAUAGAAGAGUUAAGAAAGCCUCAAUGCAGCGAACAAAGAGAUGGGAAGGUGCUUUUUAAUAACAACCUGAGUGUAAUAGUGAUUGAGCCAUGA